GGUUAUGUGGCUCAGAGUCAGCUCCAAAGCCACCUACCUUUCACUUUCUUCCUUUUGCUUUCAAUCUCUCUCCCUCCUGGCCCCAUUCCUUCUCAAGCAGCCUCUCCUCUCGAGCAGCCUCUCCAUCACAACCCUUCUGUGGUGGGCCCCGAUGGCAGAAGGCUUUGAGCACCAGUUGCAGGAUGUGCCAGCGAAACGGUGCGUGAUCAUCGAGAUCACCAACAACCUGAAGCUUGACACUCUCCGAAACCCCAGGAGCUACUGCUUCAGUGGCCACAGCCACCACCCACCACCAUUGCAGAUUCCACCUGGCACUGUAGGGAAGUGCAUCUUUGUGAAGCAGUCAUACAGUCUGCGUGGCAGUGCGGGGCUCCUGGUCUAUGAUGUGGGCACCUCCUGCUUAGCCAUCAUGUUCUCCAACCCCUUUGACUACAACCUCUACUGCAUUGAGUUUGGCCUGAAGCUGUUGCCAAUCAGCGAGGAGCUCAGCAACAUGGAGGAGCUCUUCAGGAAUAUGAUUAAAUGUCCCCAGUUAGAGCAGACAGCUUGCUUCCAGAAGAUGAAGCUCUCACAUUACCAGUCCCCUCUGCAGGUGACCAAGGAUAACAUCCGUAUCACUGCCACCAUGUCCAACGCAGCCAAAGCCAUCCUCACCAUCCUCCUGGAGGAGAAAACAUCCACAGAGCUGUGAGGCUGGGGAUGGUGCCUGCCCUCCUUCCAACACACCAACCCCAUAUUCCCUUCCCGAGCAGCCCCCAUCUCUCAUAGCCGCUGGCCCAUAUAGCCCAUCAUCUCUCCCAGCCCCCUACUCCCCACAGACCACAUCUCUCAUAGCUCCCUGUCCCUCUGCAGUCCCACAGUCCUCAUCUUAGGAAGCCCCCUGCACCCUAAAGUCCCACAACCCCAGUCCCAAAUAGCCCUCUGUGUGCCCAGUGCUCAAAGCACAAAGACUCUGCACUAUAGCAGAGCUGUAGCAGGGUAGGAGCUCCUUAUUAUUGCCAAUCUCUCAACCUGGGCACAAGGAGACCCCGUCAAGGUGGAGUAAGGGCUAAGGCCAACUGCCAGCACCUCUUGUGCUGUGCUGGAAGAACAACAAUCUCAGUGGUGGGGGUGGGUCUUCCUCCCCUAGUCCCAUGUGAUUUGGGAUGUGACACCCUUUGGUCCCUUUGGGGAAUCCCCAGGUAGUUCGUCACCUGCUGUGCCCUGUGAUCCUCAUCCUUACGUCUUGUAUCUCCAGCCACCUGCUUGCACAUGCUGGGGCAAUGCCUGAACUGCACAGAAUGAAAUGAAAUGUGGGGUAUCUUUUCAUUGUAUUGGGCAUUUAAGUUCCUUUUUCCUGUCUUGCCUGCUGCUGAGCAUAAAGUUUGUCAUCAGCAAUCACCA